ACCCUAAAUGGGAACACCCAGUCCCUGAGUAUAUAUAAAAGGUGCAGUAUCAUCAUCACGGAACACUGAUCCACAGUACUUACCUGAUCAUCAUGAUGAAGCUGAUCCUUUCUCUGACUCUCAUCUGGGCACUUUCCAGCACAGCUGGAGCCCUUCAGUGUCAAACCUGCGUAAAUCUGCAGUGUUCAAGCACAGUACCAUUAACAUGUCUGACAGAGACCAUGUGUGCAACAGCUACCAUCCAAUCAAAUUUAUCUGGAACUUCAUUAAAGCAAAUCAUCAAGGCGUGUGCACCAUCCUCCGUGUGUCCAGCUACAGGCCCUCAGACAUUAUCGUUUAACGUGGGUGUUUUGCAGGCAGUUGCAUCUCUUCAGUGCUGCAACACAGAUAACUGCAACACAGCAACUCUACCUAUCCCUUCUUCUCAGCCAAACAGCCUAAAGUGUUUCACUUGUAACGCCACCACCUCUCAAUGCAACUCAUCUCAAUUACAAUGUCAGGGAGUGGAGGACCGCUGCUUUAAAUUGAAUGUGACGAAUGGAGCCAAUACUUCUCCAUUCUCUGGCUGUGCAUCUGCAAACCUGUGUGCACUUGGUGAUAGCCUGAGUAGCCUACCUCUCUUGCAAAGUUUUGGUAACAUCAGUAAACCAUCCUGUUGUGGGACCAGUUUGUGUAAUGCUGUUACAACAACUGCCAGUGACGCCGGCUGUAUGAGUCUGCUGCUGGGAGUCCUCAUCUUUACCCUCCGUUUUUUUGAAGCCUGAUUUUGGGUUUACUGCUCACUUACAUGUGAAGUUGGCAGUUAGUGGGGCUAGAAAAUCCAAAUUAAGAAUUCAGGGAUGGAGUCUGGAUGAAGCUGAGGUGGGACUCAAAGGCAGAAAUGAUAUAGACACAAACACACAACAGAGGGGAUACUACCUUUUUCAUGGCUUUAAUUUACUGGGUACAUAAUCAAAAGAAAUAAUAGAUUUCUUAAUUAAAUCAAAUUUAAUGCUGUAACAUUAUAUUAAAUUUGAGGUUUUGUUGCAAAUUGUACAAUUAUAUUACUCCAUUUUAGAAAAAUAAGAAUCUUUAAUAUUAAUGUAAGACUCAAUAUGAGAAGGAUUGUUGACACUCUUUAUUAUUGUUUAACCUUUUGUUGUGAAUUAUUUUAUAUUUAUUUAUUAUAGCCUAAAUUGUUAUCAUUAAUUACUAGAGCAAUGGUGGUCUACAUUGUCAUCAUUUAAAGUGUUAUUUUAUA